GCAACUUCCGGUGUGUGUUUCCUGUGAUCAUUACGGAGCAGAUUUGAUUUCUGUGAAUUAAAGUUUCAUUAAUGUUAUUAAGCGUGUGAAAUGGCCACGUUUUUCGGUGAAGUUUUAUCGGUGUACUCGCGCGCUGUUGAAGAAGAUGAAUAUGAUGACAUGACGAAAGAAAACGAGGAAGACGAAGAAAUCCGACGACAAAUAGAGGAGAAGAGGUCAGUUCAUGUGCAGUGGAUGAACUCACAGUCACACAGUGAAUCUCUGCAGUGUUCUGAUCUGAUCAUCAGUGUCGGUCCAAACGCCUCCGGCUUCAUCUCAGCGUAUGUGUUGAGUUCUGGCGGCUGGUCAGCGGUCGGGUGGGUUUCUCUGUGGAAUGAGCGGAGUCACGGGUCCAGCCGGCCACACACAGCUCCAGCACCUGGAGAACCGGCCUGUGUUCUGUACCAGCAGAAGCAGAACCCCUCUGUGGUGAUAUGUCAGUGCACCUGUUAUGUUGCUGAAGAUCAGCUCUUCCAGUGGGCGGAGAAGGUGUUGGGUUGUGUUCAGAAGAGAGAUCUGCAUGUGAGCGUGCUCUCUGACUGCGCUGUGACCGAAUAUAAAACAUCAGACUACCUGAGUGGGAGCAGCACACCUUUCCUGUGCGCUCUGAAGACCAGCACUCACACGGGUCGCGUGGCGUGUCCUCUGCUCGAGCAGCCCAACAUCAUCACUGGACUACCUGCAGCAGUUCUCAGUCACUGUCAGGUUCACAGGAUUCCGGCCGUCCUGUAUCAGUGUUACAGUGAUGUCACGCACCCAGACUCCGUUACCAUGGAAACAUAUAAACCUGCACUCGCGUGUCUGAGCGCCGCAGUGAAGUGUGACGAGUGUCCCAGUGCAGAGAUUCUGCAGAAGUUCACACGUGUCAGUGAAGUCCAGAGUAAUCUGUACACAUAGAUGACAUGCAGAACACGUGUGCAAAAAUUAUCUGUUGAUUUGAACUGUUUUAUAAUUGCAUUACGACAUACAUUAAAGCUGUUAUUUUA